GCAGGCUUAUAAUUUUCAAUCGAAAAUGAUAACAAGCCCAGUAUUACUAUUUACCGUAGUUAGCCCAUUAGUUAACUCAGAAGUGUAUGAAAAUUUAAAAGAAUUUGUUAAAACCCUGCACGCAACAAUUCAGUUUGAAUUCUUCUAAGGAAUUUUUGCCUCGCUCUUCUAUCAGCAUACUAGCCAGUAAACAACAAACGUUUCCAAGAAUGGUUGAUCCAAAUCGUAAAAUCAACCGACUUUCGGACAGAGAUAUUAGCUUUUUGGAUGAAUGCGAAUCGGAAUUUGCAUCACGCUACACAACAGACGAUGCCGAAUUUAUGGCACAUUGUUCUAAGCCAGAGCCGGAGCCGCCGCUGGUUGAUAAUUGGAUGAGCGGUGGUGGUGGUGGCGGAGUCGGUGGGGGAGAACGAGGAGGAGCAGAUGUAGGCGGCAGCACUAGUAGUGGUGGAGGUGCCGGCUAUACGAGUCCUUAUAAUAAUCGUUACAAUGGCGGACAGCGCAGAGGAGGCGAUCGUGGCUGGCAAAGACGCGGUGGCGGUUACAAUAAUCACAAUAGCAAUAACGAACGCGGCUUCAGAGAUCAACGCCGCAAUAGAUAUGAGGCUUAUCCGCGAAGGGAUCGUGGUGGUGGUGGCGGCGGCGGCGGGGGAGGAGGAGGAGAUAGGACUUCGGAACGUUCUUAUCAGCACAGGAGCCGCAAUGAGUCACCGCAGGGCGGCCCGCCUAUGCAGGUCAGGCGCGACUAUGGCAACUUUGUGCCGGCAUCCAAAGAUUAGCGUUUAGCUUAAACUGUUUCAUUUAUCAUUAUAACGCAUUCACACACACACAUAUGUACAUGUAUAUAGAUGUAUAUUUCGAUUUGAAUGAUAAGCCCAUAAUGCGAUUGUAAUCUUAAAUGCUAAAUGAUGCGUUCCUGUUUGUGCCCUAAACAGCUGACUCUGACAAAUCCUUAGGUUUCUCGUCUGUUUCCGCAGCCGACAUGCCUACGCCCAUGGCGUUAAAUAAAUUGGAUACGGGUCCUGCGCCUCCCAUUUGCGAUUUAUAGCUGUCCAUCAUA